AUGGGCGUCGGGAGCUCGGCGGGCCGGCCGAAUGGGAGUCCGCGGAGCGAGCGGGGGACCGGAGGACGCGAGGGUUCCGACGCGGUGGUCUGCUGGAUCCGCCUCUGCGUCUCCUCCUCCUCCUCCUCGUCCCGCGCCAAGGUCGACACCGCCGCCGCGACCGCCCGUGCUUCCUCCGGUAAUGCCUCUCCGAUCCUCACGCUCUCCUCCUCUGCCAGCGUGUCUCUGGGGACUGGCCUAGUGUGCUUACUGCUUAGACACAGGCACACAGUAGUUUUUGAGUGUUUUGAGGUGUAUGAAUCCCGUUCAUUGUGCUCCAGGCCUCCAGAAACUAGAGGAAAGAAUAAUGGUAUCCAGAACCAACCUGUUCAACAGAUAGCUCCUGCUUCGACAUUGCCUAGCAACUCUGAAAAUAUUUCACCCCCAUCUAUAGUUGCAGAUGGGCUGACGGUAUCAUUCCAAUUGCGGAAGUUUACUUUCAAUGAAUUGAGGAUCGCAACCAGAAACUUCCGUCCUGAGAGUCUUCUUGGUGAGGGAGGGUUUGGCCGUGUCUACAAAGGUUGGAUCGGAGAGAACAGAGCUGCUCCUGGGAGACCUGGCACAGGGUUAACUGUUGCUGUCAAGACCCUCAAUCACGAUGGGCAGCAAGGGCACAAAGAGUGGGUGGCAGAGGUCAACUUUCUAGGAAAUCUGAAACAUCCGAACCUGGUGAAAUUGAUUGGUUAUUGCCUUGAGGAUAAUCAGAGGCAGUUAGUAUAUGAAUUUAUGCCCCGUGGAAGUUUAGAGCACCAUCUCUUCAGGAAGUCAGUGCCACUUCCAUGGUCCACUCGAAUGAAAAUUGCACUGGGCGCAGCAAGGGGCCUUGCCUUUCUUCACGAAGAAGCUGAAAGACCUGUGAUCUAUCGGGAUUUCAAAACUUCCAAUGUUCUACUUGACACAGACUACAAUGCGAAACUUUCUGAUUUUGGGCUUGCUCGAGAUGGUCCCAUAGGUGAUAAGACCCACGUGUCAACGCGAGUCAUGGGAACCUAUGGGUAUGCUGCGCCUGAAUAUGUUAUGACAGGUCACUUGACCUCCAAGAGCGAUGUGUACAGCUUUGGGGUGGUGCUGCUCGAGCUCAUAACAGGCAGGCGAUCAAUGGACAAGAGCCGACCAGCAGGGGAUCACAACCUUGUAGAAUGGGCUCGGCCGCAUCUGAAACAGAGACAAGGAUUCCACAGCCUGAUGGACCCUAAACUUGGUGGAAACAUCUCCCUGAAAGGCGCUUACAAGGUGACCCAGCUGGCCCGCGCCUGCCUCGCCCGGGAUCCCAAGGCCAGGCCUCUGAUGAGCCAGGUCGUGGAGAUCCUCAAGCCUCUCCCGGACCUCAAAGACAUGGUGGCAUCUUCACCCGGCCUGUACCUGUCCUUGCAAGCAGAGCAGGUUGCAAGGCUUGGCUACCCGAGUGGCAGCCGGAGCAUGAGCCAGCACAGCAGCUUUGCAACUCGGAACGGGCAGCAGCAGGUGAGGAGCCUCUCCCAUGGCCGCCACGGCCAUGGUUCUCCUUCUCCGUAUCUGCAGUCGCCGACGCCGAGGACCAAUGGCAAGUAG